AUGGCUUUUGAGAGUGGCAGGAUUGAAGGGCAAAUACAUGUGGAGGGCUCUGAAAAUGUUGAGAAAGCAUCAAAGGGCCUCGUGGCCCCCAAGUACAUGGGUACUAUCAGAGACCAGCGCGAUAUGAGUGCUCUGGGCCGUGUCCAGGUUUUAAGGAUAGCGGAAUUUCAGAUUCGUCUCGAUUCUAGGGUUCGGCUGUUAUUGACCAGUGGUCUGACAGAUGGAGGAACCGCUGGGUUAAUAUGGGGUUUCAUUAUCGUCACAGCAGGUUUCGCGCUCGUCUUUGCCAGCAUAGCUGAGAUGGCUUCUAUGUCACCAACAUCGGGGGGUCAAUACCACUGGGUAUCAGAAUUCGCUCCACGCAGGGGACAGAAGUUUUUGAGCUAUAUAACGGGAUGGCUUUGUGCAACGGGCUGGCAAUGUGCCAUUGUAGCCAUUGCAUAUCUGGCAGGUACUAUAAUCCAAGGAUUGAUAGUGCUAAAUCGUCCAACAUACGAAUUCGAGCGGUGGCACGGUACUCUGCUUGUUAUAGCUAUCACAGCAUUUUCUAUCUUAUUCAACACGUUCCUAGCCAAGAACCUGCCUAUGGUUGAGGGUCUGAUACUCAUUAUCCAUGUUGUGGGCCUAUUUGCUAUCAUUAUCCCACUAUGGGUACUUGCUCCUCGAAAUAGCGCAAAGGCUGUCUUCACCGAAUUCUACGAUGGAGGCGAAUGGGGAAGUCCUGGCACCGCUACGCUUGUCGGCUUGUCGACCACUAUAACUUCCAUGAUUGGAUACGAUUGCUCAGUCCAUAUGUCUGAAGAAAUCAAGGACGCAUCAGAGACACUUCCCAAGGCUAUGAUGUCUGCAGUGGGUGUCAAUGGUAUCCUCGGUUUUAUUAUGAUUGUUACCCUGUGCUUCACCCUGGGUGAUGUCAACAACAUCUUGCAAAGUCCGACUGGAUUUCCGUUCAUUCAGAUAUUCUACAACACUACCCGUAGCUACGCGGCAGCAAACACCAUGACAGCCAUCCUUAUCAUCACGCUGACCGCUAGCACGAUCACUGAGGUAGCCACAGCAUCCCGCCAGCUGUGGUCAUUCGCGCGAGACCAAGGACUUCCAUUCUCAUCUUUUUUUGCCUACGUCACUCCUGGCUGGAACAUACCCCUCAACUCCGUCCUCGUCUCACUCGUUGUGACCGCGAUCUUAAGCCUCAUCAAUAUCGGGUCCAACCUAGCUCUGAACGCUGUUAUCUCACUAACAAUAACAUCGCUCAUGUCAGCAUACAUCCUGUCCAUUGGGUGUGUUCUGCUGAAGCGACUGCGCGGAGAAAAGCUCCCACCGCGACGGUGGUCGCUCGGUCGGUUCGGAAUGACCAUCAACAUAGCUAGUCUGGCGUUUCUCUUUCCGAUAUUUGUCUUUUCGUUCUUUCCACUUACAAAGACUGUCGAUGCGCAUAGUAUGAACUGGAGUAUCGUUAUGUACAUGGCAAUGGUUAGCUUUGCGUCGGUGUAUUAUUACUUCUGGGGGAGAUACCAGUUCAUUGCACCGGUAGCGUUGGUGAAGCGGGACAUUGAUCUGGAUGAUAUGUGA